AUUAUAUAAUUUGAUUUAGCUUUUAUUAGAGUGUAAUUUUAUGUGCUUCUUCGUUUGUUGCAUAUCAUUUGCUGACUUUUAAUACCUUUCUUCUUAGUGUUCAUUUUAUUAUUUCAUUUGGGUUUUUUAACUUCACUAUUGCUUCUAUUAGAUUUGUGCUUCAUAUUAACUUUAAUUGGGACGAAAGCUACCCUUGUAUAAAGUACCUUGUUUGGAGUAUAUAACCUUGCUGGUUAUUCACCAUUAACUCUACUAGCACCAACACCAAGAUCUGAACUAUCUUUUCAUUUAAAUCAAUUAAAAAGUCAUUUAAGCGAAAAGCUUAUUUAAAUAUGCAUAUGCUUAUUUACCUAGUUAGGAAAAAAAUGUAAUAAUCAAAUUUGUGUAAUAAUCAAAAAACUCAUUUCAACAUGCAUAUGAGCAUUCACACAGGAGAGAACCCUUACAUGUGUGAAGUAUGUAAGAAAUCAUUUAAUCGAAAAUCUACUUUAAACAUGCAUAUGCGUAUUCACACAGGAGAGAAACCUUAUAUGUGUGAAGUAUGUAAGAAAACAUUUAGAAUAAAAGUUAUUUUAAAGAACCAUAUGCUUAUUCACACGGGAGAGAAACCUUACAUGUGUGAAGUAUGUCACAAGAAGUUCAGUGCAAAACAUAGUUUAAACAUGCAUAUGCUUAUUCACACAGGUGAGAAACCUCAUAUGUGUGAAGUAUGUAAGAAGUCAUUUAGGCGAAAGGGUAGUUUAGACCAGCAUAUGCUUAUACACACAGGAGAGAAAUGUUACAUAUGUGAAGUAUGUAAGAAAUCAUUUUAUCGAAAAACUUAUUUAAACCAGCAUAUGCUUCUUCACACCGGAGAGAAACCUUAUAUGUGUGAAGUAUGUAAGAAGAUGUUUAGGGUAAAAACUAAUUUAAACAUUCAUAUGCGUAUUCACACAAGAGAGAACUCUGAUAUGUGUGAAGUAUGUAAGAAGACAUUUACUGAAAAGCAUAGUUUAAACAAGCAUAUGUGCAUUCACACAGGAGAGAAACCUCAUAUAUGCAAACUAUGUAAGAGAAUAUUUACUGUAAAGCGUAGUUUAAAGAUACAUAUGCUUAUUCACACAGGUGAGAAAUCUUAUAUGUGUGAAGUAUGUAAGAAAUCAUUUCGGCAAAAAGGUCAUUUAGACGUGCAUAUGCGUAUUCACACAGGAGAGAAACCUUAUGUUUGUGAAGUAUGUAAGAAGGCGUUUAGUCGAAAGGGUUGUUUAAACCAGCAUAUGCUUAUUCACACAGGAGUGAAGCGUUAUAUAUGUGAAAUAUGUGAGAAGUCAUUUCAUCAAGAAAGUCAUUUAAACAUACAUAUGUAUAUUCACACAGGAGAGAAACCUUAUAUGUGUGAAGUAUGUAACAAGACGUUUAGUGAAAGUGGUAGUUUAAAUGUGCAUAUGCGUAUUCACACAGGAGAGAAACCUCAUAUGUGCAAACUAUGUAACAGGGCAUUUAGUGUAAAGCGUAGUUUAAACAUGCAUAUGCUUAUUCACACAGGUGAGAAAUCUCAUAUGUGUGAAGUAUGUAAGAAAACAUUUAAUCGGAAGGGUAGUUUAAACGAGCAUAUGCUUAUUCACACAGAAGAGAAACGUUAUAUAUGUGAAGUAUGUAAGAAAUCAUUUUAUCGAAAACGUGUUUUAAACAACCAUAUGCGCAUUCACACAGGAGAGAAACCCUUUAUGUGUGAAGUAUGUAAGAAGACAUUUAGAAUAAAGGUUAUUUUAAAGAACCAUAUGCGUAUUCACACGGGAGAGAAACCUUAUAUGUGUGAAGUAUGUAACAAGAAAUUUAGUGAAAAUGGUAGUUUAAAGAGGCAUAUGCAUAUUCACAGAGGGUAGAAACCUCAUAUGUGCAAAAUAUGUAAGAUAUUUAGUGUAAAGGAUAGUUUAAACAAGCAUUAUUUUCUCACAGGGGAGAAACCUUAUAUGAGUGAUGUAUGUAAGAUGUCAUUUAAUUGAAAAGCUCAUUUAAACAGCCAUUCACAAAGGGCAGAAACCUAAUUAGAGUGAAAUCUGUUAAAUAAUUUUUUUUUUAAAUUUGCAUACACAUAUGCAUACAGCCGAGAACCCUCAUAUGUAGUAAGACGUUUACUCAAAUGUGUAGUUUAACAAGCAUAUGCUUAGUCACACUGGAGAGAAAAUUUGUGUGCGUGGUAUGUAAAUAUUCAUUUAUUUUCAUGAAGAGCAUUUAUGAGUUACGUAUGUAACAAGUCAUUUAGGGUGAUAAAGAAGUUGAAGAAACGUAUCUCUUAGCUACACAGAAGAGAAACCGCCUGUCUUUAGAAUAUAUAUUAGAAACAAUUUUUACUUAACCUUUGCAGUAAGCAAUAAUCUGCGUAGCUAGAAAAUCUGAAUAUUUGAUGUCAAGUCUGGAUUUUUCUCACCAGUUGACAGAAUUUAAAAAGAGCAAAAUUCAUAGAAUUUAAAGAGGCAAAUUUGAAUAGCAUAAAGCCUACAGGUCACCCUGUAGGAGAAACAGGAAUUCUCAUUUGGUGAAAAUAAAUUAUAAAGCAUUAAUUUGUUUUCCCAAAAUGAAAUAUUUUUCAAGUUAUUUUUACAUGAUAAUAAGUGUUCAAUGUUUAUAUCUGCUGCGUAAUGAAGUGUGGAUAAGAACUUCAGAAUCUGAAAUUGUAAAAGGUGGCUAAAUAUUUCAUCUAACAUGUAUGCUCUAAGUUAUAUGUGUUUACUGUUUCUGAAUUUCAUGCUGAUACAAAUUGCAGUGUGCCAUCACAGGUAGAAAUAUCAUUCUUCAUGCCUGUCAUGAAAAAUUUAUUAGUUGUUUUCAUUCGUCAUGAACAAUUACUGAAGACCAUGCCUAUCCUGCUCCAUUAUCAAAUGCGUCAGAGUAUAAUGUCCACAAAAUUAGUGCAGUGUUCCACAGCAAUGUUAGAAAGGCGAAAUGAAAUCUCAUACUUUUUCAGUCAAAUUUUGAACAUACCAAAUUAUAGGAAUGCCAGCUGUUUAAUGCAUAUAAAAAGAAAUUUGAGAAACAUCAUUUCUCUGCAGUUUGCAAGAAAUGGCAUUAUGGUGAUUAGAUAAAGAAUUGUGAAAAUCCACUGAAGUUUGACAAGAACAGAAGUCAUGCAACAUUUGAAGAGUAAAUUUGAGAGAUCCCCUUGCGAAGGCAGCAUUUCUUAGUAAACUUCUUAGCUAAAUCACUCCUGCAUGCAAAUGAUUUAUUGCAUAUAACAUUUUCAUAACAGUAAAAAAGUACAUGUAUUGCUAAAUGACCUUUGAAUUUAAAUGAACUGCAAUAUUUUAGCACAUGUUUAUGAUUUCUCACCAGUGCAGGUAAAAAUAUGUUGUUUCUAACACACAUUUAACUGGGAAUAAGUAGUUACUUAUAUCACAUUCAUUUCAUUUCUCAUUGUUAUGGAUCAGUAUUUGUCUCUUUAAUGCACUUGUUUGUGCAGGUAAACAUGUUAUUUUAAUGAUGCCUUCAUGCAAAUAAAUUUAUCACAUACAA